AUGGCGUUUCUUUCUUUCAUUUUAUUUCCUUUCUUUCUAUCUUUUAUUCUAUUUUCUUUCUUUUUUCUUUCUUUCUUCCCUUCUUUUCCGUUCUUUCUUCCAUUUUUUCUUUCUAACUUUAUUUUGUCUGCUUUAUUUUGUUUCAGUUUCGUUUUUUCCUUAUUUUUCUUUCUUUCUUUUAUCUUCCUUUCUUUCUUCUUUCUUUCUUUCCUUUUUUUCUUUUUCUUUCUGUUUUUCUUUCUGUUUCUUCUUUCUUAUAUCGAUAUUUUUCUUUCUUUCUGCUUCUCUUUCUUUUUAUUUCUUUCUUUUUCUUGCUUUCUUUCUUUUUUCUCACUUUCUCUUUUAUUCUUUCUUUCUUUGUUCUUUCUGUCUUCUUACUCUUUUUUUGUUUCGGACUUUCAUUUUUCUUUUUCCUUUUUCUUUCUUUUCUUCAUUUCGUUCUUUCUUUUUACUUUCUUUCUUUUUUCUUUCUUUCAUUUUUCUUUCUGA